AUGCCACAUUGCUUCGACUUCCCAGCAUCCACUGAGGUCGCGUUGUUGGGAAUGUAUACUUUCCCUUGUGGAAAGAAUUUUGCUAUUAUAGGCGCAUGUAUCGAAUAUUUAUGAACAAAAUAUUGUAUUUGUACCAUGUAUAUAUUUAUAUAUUUGUACAACAUUAAUACCUUUCAUCACACAAUAUUUCGAUUGUCAGUCGUAUCUUCUAUUGAGAAAGUUGCAUUCGAGUGGAGUUUUUGCAACUUUUUACAAUCGUCAUACCUGACAAUCUGGCAGACCUAAUUACUUAUUGAUCUAGUUUAUAUCCGCGUGUGAAUGUCCACAUAAUCGCAUCAUUUAAUCUCUUAAAGAGUAGAGAAAGAUAGCAUCCAAUUACUUAAAGUUAGCGAUCCCAAACUUUGUAACUUGCUAAGCAGAAAAAAAAAAAACAAUCGUAAGUUUGAAAUAAAGUUAUUUUUCUACGAAACUAUAUAGGAAAAUGAUAUUUUUCCCUGAACAGUUUUUGCUGUCAGUGAUACGAUAGAUUUACAGAUUUUUUUUUUUUUUUACGAAAGAUCUCGUUGAAUUUUAACUUUAAGAAUAUGAUCGCACCAUUGUUUUUAACUUUAUUUAGGCGGUACGAUAACAAUGAUAUUCCUAUGUUGGAAAUGAAGAUUGCAAAGAUUAGAUUUUAUCCUUUUCAACGGAUAUCGUUUUUUUCAUAUACGAAAGUAUUCAGUUUUUUUCUUAUGUUCAGCAUAUAAAAUGAAUUGUAUUGAUAUUUCUAUGAGAAUUGAAAAUAGUAUACAUAGUUCAUCAGACUUGGAAGGUUUGCAUAUUAUAAUGAAAAUAAACAAUAGAAUUGCUAAUAGUUUUAACGAUAAUGAACAGAAACGUUUAUUUUAUCCCUCAUCCUAGUUUUUUAAAACCUCGACCUCGAAAUUUCACAUAUAUAUUCCCGACUAUUUUUCCCACAUAUAUAUACAAAAAAAAAAAGAAAAAAAAAGAAAAAGAAAAAGAAUGGUUCUUAGGAUGUGCUGAAGAAAGAUUGGCCAUGGUCGAACAACAACGUUUAAUGGAAGAGGAAAGGCAAAGAAUGAGGAAAGAACAUGAAAAGCGUGUUAAAGAGGAACAAAAGAAAAUCCUCGGGAAGAACAACUCGAGGCCUAAAUUGUCCUUUACGCUAAAGCCAGUUACGUGAGUCUGUCUCAUUACGUGCAGUUUUACAUGUGAUAUUUAUACAUCUUGUCGAUAUUGGAAUUAUUCAUUUUCCGCAAGAACAUUCGCCGUAAGCUGCGCGUACGUACGUACAUGAAUUGUGCAGCGACAAAGAUCCAAAGCUCACCCCGAAUGUAUUUGCGAUAAUCACAAUCGAAGUCUGGCGAAUGUUGAAUCGUUUUAUUUAAUUAUGAUGUUCACACACGUGCGUCAGAAUUGAAUAAUUCGUUCUAUGCUUGCUUGAUUUCGAAACCCAAUGCAGGCGGGAUCCCACCUGUACGAGACUACACCGAUGUCAACACAGGCGAAGCACUUCUGUCAAUGACAGAAACGUAAUAUAGAGCCAGCAUUUGUAUUUAUUCACGUUGUAAAGUU